AUACACACAGAGAUCUCUGAUCUGCGAGAAAACAGAAAAAGUCCAACGACCGUUAAAACGAAAUAACCAUCAGAAUAACUGGAUCCGUUAUCUCUCCGUUACAAACCAUGCCGUCUUCUCCGAGGCUGAAACUCUUCCACGCGCGUACAUCACCCUCCACGCGCCGAUCAACCUCUCUGAUCGUGCUCACCUCUCUCGCGAUCGGACUAUUCGGAUUCCUCUUCGGACUCUCCGCCGUUAUUUUCCCUGGCCGGACCUGCCUCACGAACUCCCCUCCGAAGACGGUUAAAGUCGUCUGGGACGUCGCCGGAAACGGGAACGGUAAUGGCGUUAUCAACGGAGUCAAGAGGCAUAAGGUGAUGGGAUUCGUCGGUAUCCAAACCGGAUUCGGAUCAGCUGGACGGAGAAAAGCGCUCAGGGACACGUGGAUGCCGUCCGAUCCAGAAGGACUUCGACGCUUGGAGGAGUCAACAGGAUUGGCUAUUAGGUUUAUAAUAGGCAAAACCAAAGAUGCAGCGAAGAUGGCUGAGCUUAGAAGGGAGAUUGCAGAGUAUGAUGAUUUUGUACUGCUUGAUAUAGAGGAGGAGUAUAGUAAGCUACCAUACAAAACGUUAGUUCAAGAGAGAGUAACAUUUUCUCUGGAUUCAAAUCUUGUUUUGUUUGGUAAUGUGAGAGGCUUGGUGUUUUAUAUGCUCUGUAUUUUCUGUAGCUUGGCGUUCUUCAAAGCUGCAUACGCUCUGUAUGAUUCAGAGUUCUAUGUUAAAGCUGAUGAUGAUAUAUAUUUGAGGCCAGAUCGUUUGUCUUUGCUGUUGGCUAAAGAGAGGAGUCACUCGCAGACAUACCUUGGAUGCUUGAAAAAAGGUCCUGUUUUUACUGAUCCAAAGCUAAAAUGGUAUGAACCUUUGGCAGAUUUGCUGGGGAAAGAGUACUUUCUUCAUGCUUAUGGCCCCAUUUAUGCUCUUUCUGCUGAUGUUGUCACCAGUUUGGUUGCCCUCAAGAAUAACAGUUUUAGGAUGUUUAGCAACGAGGACGUGACAAUAGGUGCGUGGAUGCUGGCAAUGAACGUCAACCACGAGAACCACAAGACCCUUUGUGAAGGAGAGUGCUCACCCUACUCCAUUGCUGUUUGGGAUAUACCAAAAUGCUCAGGGCUUUGUAACCCAGAGAAAAGGAUGUUGGAGCUUCACAAGAUAGAGAGCUGCUCAAAGAGCCCGACUUUACCAUCAGAAGAUGAGUGAUCUGACCUCUUAUAUAUAUCUCUCUCCUUUGAUGGUCGAAGAUCCGAGGUGACGCUUCCGCCAUUGAAGUUGCAGCUUCGCACAGAUUGUACAAGACUUUUUUUUUCAUUUACUCUGCUCUGUACUUUAGGUGGCAAUGCCAGAAAAGCGUGGAUAGUUGAUCGUUCGCUUAAACGGCUUUUAGGGUUUAUAAAACUAGGGUUAGUAAAUUUUGGAUCAUUCCUUGUUGUACAAGUAUAAAGUUGAAUUAAUUGCAAUUUCGAACUCACAUUAUCGAUGAGGAAAGAGGGGAAAAAUGAUACAGUAUUAAUCGAUCAAGCUUUUGUUUUACCAUAGAAGAAAAUUGAUUUAUAUCUUAUGUAAAUAUUAAUUGAUAUUAAGAUAUGAAAAAGUUUGAAUCAUAGAUUAAGAGACUCCUAGUGUUA